AUGUCUUAUUACCUAAGAACCUUCUUCUCCGCGCGAAAGAAGAGGAAGAGAGACGAGAGAGGCGAGCGACAAGAUACGUACCCUGGAUGCACGCAGGGAACCGCCUGGGCCAUGUUCAUCUCGUUUCAAGGUUGUGAGAGACUUGGCACAGUCUUCAUCUUCACUGCAUCUCUCCUUGACAACUCUCCUUUCGACGCCAUCUCGAACCAACACAAACACACUGCACCAGGGCACCAGGGCACCAUUACCACGCCCCCAGUUCACACUGUAGCCGCUGGGGCCACGGUCCACCGCCUCAUCCACCAAGGCCACCGGGACUUGCGGACGCCGGGCUCAUCUUCUCACAACCCAGCCGCCGCCCCUCGUCUGGUCCAUCACAGGCUCAUAACUCGUGGGUGUGCCACCAACGCACCGGCCUACCAGAACCAGCUAUCGUGUGCCGCCAAGCGUCAAACAUCGCCAUCUUUGGCCUCAACAGAUAAACCAAGAACCCUUCCACCUGGAUUGCCAAGAGGUCAUUCACCUCUCAGCAUUGGCAUUUCUUCUCGUCCGUCCUCUGCGCCUCACUAUCUCAUCACAUCCCGCUGUCAAGUCCCGCGGCGCAUAACCAGACAGAAAGUCAAUUUCACUUCACAGGUUCCCCUUCGCCCAGCCACUGCCCAGCGCGCUCUUCUCCCUCAGGUCUGCCAUGGCAAGCUCCCACCGACUCUGCCCAGCCCAAUCCAACAUGCUUGGGAUGAACACGGCAGCGAUCUGAAAGAAUUUUUCAUCCUCAUCUGCCACAUACGGAUACAUCUCCUUGUUAGCAGCACUGCAAUCAACUUCCGGCAUGGUUUUCUUGUUAUCUCCACCGUGGCCAACUCGACUGUCAAUAUCAGCCUCCAAGGUGUCACUCGCCAAAGGCCCAAAUCUCCAGAGCAGAACAACCCAGAGAGCCAGGCUCCCAGCAGAUGCGUCCACGUCGACGGAAGUACUCUGUACACAGUCUGA